AUGCCUGUCGAAGGUCAAGCAACGAUGAGCAAGGCUGAAAGGAGCCUAGAAGUUGCGAGACAAAAACGAGAAAGUAUUUUCGCUUGUGCUCAGUCGUAUUAUGACACGGCGAAAAAAUUGUCUCAGGAAAACUAUGCUAAUUACGUAGCAAUGCUCCACAGACUUCACGCGCUUCAGGACAGAUUCGAGGCGAUCCAGUUUGAAAUCAUGGAGAUAAAUACCUAUCUUGAAAAGCAGGCACAACUCAGUGUCACUAGCGAGAGCAUCGCGCUCGAAGACAUUGUUCGCGAAGUUGAGGCUAUCUUUGAAAGUUUCGGCGGAGUACCGACGCGACCUGCGGACGUCAACGCAGCACCGGUUCAACCUGUGAACCCAGCUCCAGCGACGGGUAACGUGCGACUCCCACGGUUACAGCUAAAACACUUCUCGGGCAAAACAGAAGAUUGGACAACGUUCUCAAAUGUUUUCCGCAUUUCAGUCCACGACGUUGCCACGUUGACGGCAGUGGAAAAAUUCCAAUUUCUGUUGAGCGUGCUCGAGGGUGAAGCGUUAAGUUUA